GGGCACGGCACGGGUAGCAGGCCACCACGGCUGCAAACCCGAGAGCCAUGGGGCAGGCGCGGGAUGCCAUCCUGGACGCUCUUGAAAACUUGACAGCGGAUGAGCUCAAGAAGUUCAAGAUGAAGCUGCUGUCGGUGCCGCUGCGCGAGGGCUAUGGACGCAUCCCACGGGGGAUCCUGCUGCCGAUGGACGCCAUAGACCUCACGGACAAGCUUGUCAGCUUCUACCUGGAGUCUUACGGCACGGAGCUCACAAUGACUGUGCUUAGAGACAUGGGCAUGCAGGAGCUGGCUGAGAAACUGCAGACAGUCUUUGAGAAAGCCUCCGGAGCCAUGGCAGCUGCAACCAGUGCCCCUCUUCCAAAGGGAGCCCGAAUAGCACAUUUCAUUGACCAGCACAGGCAAGCCCUCAUUGCCAGGGUAACAGACGUUGACGGUGUCCUCGAUAUCCUGUAUGGCAAAGUGCUGAAUGAGGAACAGUAUCAGGCAGUUCGAGCAGAGACCACCAGUCCAAACAAGAUGCGGAAGCUCUUCAGCUUCGCUCCAUCCUGGGACCUGACCUGCAAGAACCUGCUCCUCAACGCCCUGAGGGAAACACAGCCCUACUUGGUGGCAGACCUGGAAAAGAGCUGAGGUAUUUUCUCCAGCUACAGCCCCUACCCAUCUAGUUCCUAACUUUGUAUACACAAUUUAAAAAAAAAAAAAA